AUGGAUCAAACGAGACUGAAACUAAGCUUCAACGUUUCCACCAAUUUCACAGAUACUGAUUACUUUAACGAACUAUUCUGGAAACUAAAUAAUACAGAAAACAUCAGCGCUGCUUCUUGGGAAGAUACACUUGAGGAAUUAAAUAAAAAGCUGUACAGAAUAGAUGACGUCUCAGUGUUAGUACUGGUUAGUCUUUACGGAGUGGUCUUUCUCACAGGGUUAGCAGGGAAUUCCAUCAUUGCUUAUUUUGUGUCGAAAACAAAACACCCUCACGGUCGAAGGAGAUACAACAUGCUGAUAAACCUAUGUGUAUCAGACUUAAUGGUCAUUUUGAUAUGCUGCCCUAUGACUAUGUAUACCAGCAUCACCACUGUUUGGCAUCUGGGAGAAUCUUUAUGUAAGAUUCUUUCUUAUCUUCAAGGGGUUUCCGUGACUGCAGGUACUUUGUCGAUGACAGCGCUAAGUUUGGAUAGAUACAUUUCAGUUCGACAUCCACAAGCAUUUCUGAAGAUAAGCAGACAUCGUUUUGCUAGGAUAUUGAUUGCAAUGGUAUGGACUAUAGCUUUACUUUUUUCUCUGCCGAUCAUAUUUGUGAAGAAAACAGAAACUUUGGAAAUACCUUCAUUACAAGUUUCUUUUUGCAUUGAAGAGUGGAAACCUGGUUUGAAACACGUCUUCACCAUUGCAACCUUAAUUAUUGUUUACGCUUUGCCUUGCGUAAUAUUGUUGAUCUGUCAGGCUUCGGUUAGUAGGACUAUUAAAUAUGCCGAAGAUUCUUUCCUUAACCGAAAUGACAUCCGUCAAAGAACUUUCCGAAUGAGUUCCCAUCAUCCAAACGCACCACCUCCGACAAGAGAAAAUAGAGAAUCUUAUGUCGGACGAUACAUUGGAGAACUCUAUACUUGGGAGGUUGAAAGUAAGCCUCAGAAUAUACGUAUAAUAGAGAGGAUGUCAACAAAUGGAAGUUCCUCACUGCAAUCAAGAGAUCGUAAAGACGUGAUUCGAUCUCAUAGCCCUAGAAUUAAAAGAAGGUUAUCUUAUUUGUUGAUGGGGAUGACCUUGUGUUUCGUUAUCUGCUGGCUACCUUAUAAUAUCAUAUCAUCUUACGUAGAUCUGUUUGAAAUCAUGACUGUUACUAAAUAUCUCCCGUUUACAUUGCUGUUAGGUCAUGCCCACAGUGCUAUCAAUCCUGUCAUUUACUGGUUGCUCAACAAGACACUUCGUAGGAAGAUGCAGAAUAUAAAGCAUCGUUCGACAACACGACCAAGCUCUCGGCUUCAACAAAUACCUAUGGAAUGUAUUACUAGAAAUCCACAAAUUCAAUUUUCCCAUUGA